AUCUUAGUUUGUGAAAGCAAAUAACCUGCAGUAGAGGAAGAUUAAGACCCAUAGCUCAUAUUAGAUAAUUGCAGUGACUCUCUACAUACCUGCCUGCCUUCUCUGUAUGCAGAAAUUGCAUCAGUUUAAAUAAAGUGGAAAGUGCUAAGUUACAUAAUUACUAUUUUAUUUCCCAAAAUAGUUAUGUGUGGUGUUCUGAAAGUAUUCAGUCUUCAAUACAAUUAUAAAAGUGGCAUCUGAAAUAGGAAUUCUGUUUACUUAUGGCUACCUUGUAUUUAUUACAUGGAUGAAUCUACAAAGCAAAAUAGAAAAAACUUGGCUUAACAAUCAGAUGUGCAGUGACGUAAUUAUUUGUGUCAUUAUUUUUCUUUCCAUGUUACAACACUGGCAAUGUCAGACCAAACUUACUUCAAACUCUUUGGAUCAAGGAGGGCCAUGGAGGUGGGCCUGAUGCUGUUCUGUGGAGCUCAAUUAGCUUGGUUUCAAGCACAGUAUAUAAAUUACUUGUUUCACAGGAAGUCAAUAUGGAGAAUUUCUUUCUAGCUACCUCCUUUUCCACUUCUUUCUGCAAUCUUUUAAUCUGUGGAUGGGUUUCCCACACUCACAAGCAAUCCAGGUAGGUGACUUCUUAAGGCUGUGUGCUGUGUCCUCUGUGGUCUUUCUAUGUUCUUCUCACAGGCUGUCCUGCUUUCAGAUGGGAUAGAACUAAUUUUAUUCUCAGUACCUGGUACAGUGCUGUGUUUUGGAUUUAGCAUGGGAAUAAUGUUGAUAACACACGGAUGUUUUGGUUGUUGCUAAGUUGUAUUUAUCCUAAAUCAAGGACUUUUUUGUGUCUCCUACUCUGCCAGUGAGGAGGAGCAAAAAACUAAAAAAAGCUGUGAGGGAACAUAGCUGGACAAGUGACCUGAACUGGCCAAAGGGAUGUUCACACCGUGGAAUGUCAUGCCCAGUACAUCAGCUGGGGAGCUAGAGGGAAGGGGAAGCCCACCAGGGCUUCAGGAAUUGGGUCUGGCAUCAGUCAGUGGGUGUUUGGAUGUGCUUCCAAGGGUGACUUGCCCAAAUCAUCCAGAUUCCAUUUUAGUGGAGGAUUACAGAGCUGGUGAUAUGAUUUGUUCUGAGUGUGGGCUAGUAGUAGGUGACCGGGUCAUAGACGUGGGGUCGGAGUGGAGAACGUUCAGCAAUGACAAAGCAACCAAAGACCCAUCUCGAGUCGGGGAUACCCAGAAUCCUUUGCUCAGUGAUGGUGACUUGAGUACAAUGAUUGGCAAGGGCACAGGUGCAGCAAGUUUUGAUGAAUUUGGGAAUUCAAAGUACCAAAAUCGCAGAACUAUGAGCAGCUCUGAUCGUGCGAUGAUGAAUGCUUUCAAAGAAAUUACCAACAUGGCAGACAGAAUCAACCUCCCUAGAAAUAUAGUUGAUCGAACAAAUAAUUUAUUCAAGCAAGUGUAUGAGCAAAAGAGCCUGAAGGGGAGAAGUAAUGAUGCUAUUGCUUCUGCUUGUCUCUACAUAGCCUGUAGGCAAGAGGGUGUUCCAAGAACAUUUAAAGAAAUAUGUGCAGUGUCCAGGAUUUCAAAGAAAGAAAUAGGCCGGUGUUUUAAACUUAUUUUGAAAGCUCUGGAAACCAGUGUUGAUUUGAUUACAACUGGAGACUUCAUGUCACGAUUCUGUUCUAAUCUGGGUCUUCCCAAGCAAGUACAAAUGGCAGCAACACAUAUUGCCCGUAAAGCUGUGGAAUUAGAUUUGGUUCCUGGGAGAAGCCCUAUCUCUGUAGCAGCUGCAGCUAUUUACAUGGCAUCACAGGCUUCUUCAGAGAAAAGGACACAAAAAGAAAUUGGUGAUAUUGCUGGUGUGGCUGAUGUUACGAUUAGACAGUCAUACAGGCUGAUCUAUCCUCGAGCUCCAGAUCUUUUCCCAGCAGACUUCAAGUUUGAUACCCCAGUAGACAAGCUACCACAGCUGUGAGAUUGCAGAGGGUUAAUUUCUGUUAACCCCCCCCCCAAAAAAAAACCCCAACAAAAACUCUUUAUUUUUGCCUAUAAUAAAGGAUGUACAAAGUGUUAAUAUUGGGUCUUCGUGUUGUGGAACUGGAGGAUAUGGAGAUGGAGCAAACUGCUGGAAGGCAGCAUACAUUCCAAGGGUAAACAAGCUGAUUGUGUGGCAUUUUGUAUGUAUAUAUUAGUGGAAGUAAAUAUUUAAUAUCUGUUGCAACAAAUUUCAUUUGAUACUGUUGUACUUAUUUAGAUUUCUUUUGUAGGGAUCUAGUAAGAUGUAUUUUGGAGACUUUAAAAUAUUGUGUAAUUCCCAAAUAAACUGUUUUCCAAAAACACCA